AUGGCUUCCCACACUUCCAUCAUGCUUCUGUUGGCGCACAUUCUACUGUUCCUGGGUGUUGUCAAUGCAGUCCCGACCCCUCAGUCUCUCUAUGUCCGAGCUCCCGCCGCAAGGGACGCGGCGGGCACCUACUGGGUAGCCAAUAUCAAACGCCAGGGCGCUGUGCCGUUCGGCAAGAACCCCGACUAUCAGGUAUUCCGCAAUGUGAAGGACUUUGGCGCCAAAGGUGACGGCGUCACCGAUGAUACCGUCGCUAUCAAUCAGGCAAUCGCCUCUGGUGACCGCUGCGGGAAAGGAUGUGAUUCCUCGACCACCACGCCCGCCUUGGUCUACUUCCCGCCUGGUACCUAUGUCGUCUCCAAGCCCAUCCUCCAGUACUACUAUACCCAGAUCGUUGGUGAUGCCGUCAACCUGCCCGUCAUCAAAGCCGCACCGGGCUUCCAAGGCAUGGCCGUCAUCGACUCCGACCCCUACGAAAACGAUGGCUCCAACUGGUUCACCAACCAGAACAACUUCUUCCGCUCGAUCCGCAACUUGGUCAUUGAUCUGACCGCCAUGCCCCAGGGAGCCGGUGCCGGUAUCCAUUGGCAGGUGGGUCAGGCGACCAGCUUGCAGAACAUUCGCUUCGAGAUGGUCCAGGGCGGCGGUGAGGCCAACCGGCAGCAGGGCAUCUUCAUGGACAACGGCUCCGGUGGCUUCAUGUCGGAUCUGACAUUCAACGGUGGUAACUAUGGCAUGUUCCUGGGCAACCAGCAAUUCACCACCCGUAACUUGGUCUUCAACAACUGCAACACCGCCAUCUACAUGAACUGGAACUGGGCCUGGACCUUGAAAUCCGUCUCCAUCAACAACUGCAAGGUCGGCCUCAACAUGUCCAACGUGCCCCAGAACCAGACCGUGGGCUCCGUUCUGCUCCUCGACAGUAAGCUCGUCAAUACUCCCACCGGUGUGAUCACUGCUUUCUCCCAAGACAGUAUCCCCGUUGGUGGCGGUGUGUUGGUGCUCGACAAUGUCGAUUUCACGGGCUCCACGGCGGCCGUCGCCGACGUGAAUGGAAAGACCAUCCUGCCGGGUGGCUCGGUGGUUGCGAGCUGGAUUCAGGGCAACGCUUAUUCCCCGUCCAAGACUCUGAACAAGCGUGCCACUCAGCCCAAGGAGCAUGUCGUGGUCGAGACGAUCGUUGAAACCGUUGUCGCUUGCGCUGCAGAAUACCCGGAGCCCACCGAGACGUCUCCAGCUGAGGCAUGGUCGACCAACAUACACCCGCCGAUCGCGGAUCCUGCCCAGUCGACUCAGGCCGCUGGCGAAACUGGCCCAUUCAAGUCCAUCCCCACGGUGGUCCCGACAGGCUCUGGAUCGCUGACUGAGAAACCAUCUGUUCCGGCUGGCACCAUUGUCACAGGAAGCUCUCUGCCGGGAGAGUCCAACGGCACUCCCGAUCCUGCCAGGCCCACGAGCUCGAAAGCGAUCGAACCCUCCCAUCAUGGACCCCAGUCCUCGGCCACCAUCGCUUCCGGAGGAGCCAGUCACGGUGCCCGCCAGUGCGUGAGCCAGGCCGUCACGAAGACCCGUCUCCAGACCGUUAUGCCGCAGGCACCCAAACCUGCCGCCCUCCUGGCCGGGGACAAGGUCUUCGAGCGAUCUAAGCCUCUGUACACCGACUACCCCGCGUCAUCGUUUAUCAGUGUCAAAUCCGCCGGCGCCAAGGGUGACGGCCAGACCGAUGAUACCGUGGCCAUCCAAAAGGUGCUGAACAGCGCGACCGAAGACCAGAUCGUCUACUUCGACCAUGGUGCGUACAUCAUCACCGACACCAUCAAGGUUCCCAAGAACAUCAAGAUCACCGGUGAAAUCUGGCCCUUGAUCAUGGCACAUGGAGAGAAGUUUGCCGACGAGCACAACCCCAUUCCGCUUCUUCAGAUUGGUGAAGUGGGAGACAAGGGCUCCGUGGAGAUCACUGACCUGGUCAUCCAGACCAAGGGUCCUGCGCCGGGUGCGAUCCUCAUGGAGUGGAACGUGGCCGGAGUCACCCAAGGAGCCGCGGGGUCUUGGGACGUGCAUUUCCGCAUUGGCGGUUCCGCUGGCACGGAACUGCAGAGCGACAAGUGCAGCAAGACUCCCGAAUCGACCACAAAGCCGAACCCGGAGUGCAUUGCUUCGUUCAUGUUGCUGCACAUCACCGAGCAGGCCAGCGCGUACAUUGAGAAUAACUGGUUUUGGACGGCGGACCACGAGCUGGAUCUGCCAGACCACAACCAGAUCAACGUCUACAACGGUCGUGGGGUGCUGGUGGAGAGCACCGGGCCCGUCUGGAUGUACGGCACGUCCUCGGAGCAUCACCAGCUGUACAACUACCAGGUCACUAAUGCGCAGAACGUCUUCAUGGCUCUGAUCCAGACCGAGACGCCGUACUACCAGUCCAACCCGGACGCGCUGACUCCGUUCACGCCCCAAGCCUCGUGGCACGACCCGACUUUCGCGCAGUGCACGACCGCCGGCUGCCGCAAGGCGUGGGGCUUGCGCGUCAUGAACACGUCGGACAUGUUCGUGUACGGCGCGGGUCUGUACAGCUUCUUCGAGAACUACGAGCAGUCGUGUCUGGCCACGGAGUCCUGCCAGGAGAACAUGGUGGAGGUGGACUGCUCGGACAUCCAUCUGUACGGGCUGAGCACCAAGGCCAGCACCAACAUGAUCACAUCCUCCGACGGUGCAGGUCUGGUGCCUCAGGAUGAGAACAGGAGCAAUUUCUGCUCAACCAUCGCUCUUUUUGAACAGUCGUGA